UCCAAAAAUAGACACAUAUUCCCGUAAUUUCCUUUUGCACACUUGGGGUGUUUCUGUAAAAUAAAAAAGAGUGGAAGAGAGCAAGAGAGGAGGAAAGAGAGAGAUUGAAAUGAACACAGAGGAGCUGACGAGUAAUGGGUGAUUCAAGCGACUCUGUUUCUAUUGAUGUUGAGACGAUACCAUUAGGAGGGAAGGAGUAUUUAGUUGAGACAAGCAAAGGUUCCAUCUCUGUUUUUGUUUGUGGGGAUCAAGAAAAACCUGCUUUAAUUACUUACCCAGAUGUUUCUCUCAAUUAUAUGUCUUGCUUCCAAGGUCUCUUCUUUUGCCCAGAUGCAGCUUCUUUGUUGCUUCACAACUUCUGCAUUUACCACUUUGAUGCCCCUGGACACGAGUUAGGAGCUGCUUCCAUUUCUUCAGAUGCUCCCUUUCUUAAUGUAGACGACCUUGCCGACCAGCUUGUAGAAGUGCUCGACUUCUUUGGACUCAAAGAGGUUAUAUGCUUGGGGGUUACUGCUGGGGCGUACAUCCUUACACUCUUUGCAAUGAGAUACAAGGAACGCGUUCGUGGGUUAAUCCUUGUUUCCCCACUUUGCAAAACACCUUCAUGGACAGAAUGGCUAUAUAACAAGAUAAUGUUGAACUUGAUCUACUUCUAUGGUAUGUGUGGUUUAUUGAAGGAGUGUCUUCUCCAGCGUUACUUCAGUAAGGAGGUUAGGAGUGGUAUGAAUGGUGCAGAAUCUGACAUAGUACAAUCUUGCCGAAGAUUGCUGGAUGAAAGACAAAGCUCAAAUGUCAUGCGCUUUCUACAAGCUAUUAACGAGAGGCAUGAUCUCACUGAUGGCUUGAAAAAAUUAAAAUGCAAGACCCUUAUUUUUGUGGGUGAAAGGAGUCCAUUUCAUUCUGAGGCCCUGUACAUGAGUGCCAAAAUGGGAGAGAGAAGCAGUGCUCUUGUAGAGGUUGAAGCAUGUGGCUCACUGGUUACAGAGGAACAUCCAUAUGCCAUGUUGAUUCCUAUUGAGUUAUUUCUAAUGGGUUUUGGCUAUCAUCGGCAGCCACCUCUUACAUCAUUGUCAAAUCAAGGUUCAAACCCUGCAAGCCGCCGUUCUUCGAUAGCGCCGGAGCUUCUGUCACCAGAGAGUCUAGGAGUAAAGCUCAAACCUAUCAAGACCCGCAUUGCUUUUGAAGUUUGACAUGAAAAGGACUUCAUAAGACUUCUGAAAUAAUGUUUUGUGGAGGAAAAUAUUCUGUGAUUGUAUUAAGAUGGGCAAUCCGGGAAUGUUUACACGGGUGUAGAUAAUUUAUUGGAGAGAUUAUUAGGAUAGCAUUUUAUUCUUGUCUUUUUAGAUCAUCAAAUUUUCUUAAGAUGGGGGAUGUGGUAAUCUUAGUUCUUUUGCUGGGGCUAUGUAGAAAUCAUGUAUUAAUACUAUUCUUUUGUACAUUACUACCGUGUGACUUUAAAAACAUUGUAAUAACCCAGAAGAGAGCCCCUCAUUUAUUUC